ACCGGAGGCGGGCGUUAGCGAGCGAGCGUCAUCGGGAAGUAUUGGGUUCCCUUCUCCCCUUGAGGACGACUACCGCCAUAGACAGUCCUCUCUCUGGAGGAAGAAUCAGAAGAUAGUGGAAUAUUUAGAUAGAAAAGACUCAGUCUUUCGCUCUACCCAACGAAUUUAGGGUUCUUCAACAAGGAUUGAUCGAUCAAUUGAACUUCCACGAGGUGCCUCCUCCAGUUGUAUGAUAUUCUAUCCAAAUGGAACAGGAAGAGGAAGAUGGAGCAAUGCUAAGCCGGUUAGGUGUCUCUUCUGUGAAUCCUGAAGACUUUGAGCGAGACAUACUGGCAAGUGCUUUUACCAAUGGAGGCAAUGAAGCUAAUGGUAAUGCAGAGGAGGAACAUAUUGCUGAUUCAAGCAAUAAAGAACUGUCUUCUGGUCUUGCUGAAAUUUACAAGAAAUUGAGGGCUGUAGAAGUCGAGUUAGAUGCUGUUGCAUCUAGUGUUGAUCCAACAAAAAAGUUUGCUAGAAGUACAGAUGGGGAAGAUGGUGGAAGUGAUGGAGAUCAGAGAGAUAAAGAAGAUGAAUCUCGCAGUGAUUUGACCCUACAACAGGCUUUAGCUGUUCAGAGACUGGGAAGCUUAAAGCAAACAAAGGCUAAACUCAAGAAAGAACUCUUAAAUUUUAGCAAAGGACAUUCUUCUAGAUGGGAUACGAACGAUAAACUGAUAAAGGAUAUUGUUAAAGAGCAGAAGCCAAAACGAAGUUUGAGAGAAGUUCCGGAAUCAAGCAAGCCUUCUAAGAGGAUCCGUAAAACGGUUCAAUUUGAUGAUGAUGACGACUUCGAUGCUGUGUUGAAUGCAGCAUCAGUAGGAUUUGUUGAGACUGAAAAGGAUGAAUUAGUUCGGAAAGGGAUCUUAACACCAUUUCAUAAGCUCAAAGGUUUUGAAAGGUCUGUUCAAGGAGCAGGAUCAUCAAGCCAGCAGAAUUCACUUGCGCAAAGUGUUGCCAGAGUUGUUCAGUCAAUGUCUGAGGCUGCAAAAGCUCGUCCAACAACAAAACUGCUUGAUUUUAAUUCCCUGCCAAAACUUGAGGCUCCCACACAUCCAUUUCAAAGAUUGAGAACGCCAUUGAAGUUAUCUCAAUACCUAGAGAGCGAUGGAGCAGAGAAUGCUGAUUUGAGGAGAAUGAAGAAGAAAAAGAGGCCAUUACCACGCAAGAAAUGUACCAAGUUGAAUUCUUCUGAACAUAAACAUUCCCCAGAAAAAGAUGUAAAGAGUGAUAUAGAGUUAUCAAGUCACGAAGAAGAGCAAGAAGAUGGGAACGAUUUAGAUUCGGAAAAUCCCUUUGUGACACUUGAAGGUGGACUUAAUAUUCCUAAUACUAUCUAUGACAAACUUUUCGACUACCAAAAAGUUGGGGUGCAAUGGCUGUGGGAGCUUCAUUGUCAGAGGGCUGGUGGAGUCAUCGGAGAUGAAAUGGGUCUUGGUAAAACCAUCCAAGUUCUAUCUUUCCUCGGAGCAUUGCAUUUUAGUAACAAGUACAAACCAAGCAUUAUUAUCUGCCCAGUAACUCUCCUACGCCAAUGGAAGCGUGAAGCAGAGAAGUGGUAUCCAAGCUUUCAUGUAGAACUACUUCACGAUUCUGCUCAGGAACCAACUGUUAGAAAGAAGUCGUCUCAUCAAAGUGAUGAAUUCGAUAGUGAAGAUCUCGACAGUGAUGAAGAAAGACGUAGUACCUUUCCACGAAACAGCACCAAAAAAUGGGAUUCCUUGAUAAAUCGUGUAUUGAAGUCAGAAUCUGGGUUAUUGAUAACGACUUAUGAGCAAUUACGUAUUUUAGGAGAGAAAUUGCUUGACGUUGAGUGGGGCUAUGCGGUAUUGGAUGAAGGGCACAGGAUUCGAAAUCCAAAUGCGGAAGUUACUUUGAUUUGCAAACAACUACAAACUGUUCAUCGUAUAAUUAUGACUGGGGCACCUAUUCAGAACAAACUUUCUGAACUAUGGUCUCUUUUUGACUUUGUCUUCCCUGGAAAGUUGGGUGUCUUGCCUGUGUUCGAGGCUGAAUUUGCAGUCCCAAUAUCUGUUGGUGGCUAUGCCAAUGCUUCGCCUUUACAAGUAUCCACAGCAUAUAGGUGUGCAGUUGUUCUUCGUGACUUGAUCAUGCCUUACCUACUACGUCGAGUUAAGGCCGAUUUGAAUGCCCCACUUCCCAAGAAGUCUGAACAUGUUCUCUUCUGCAGUCUUACUACAGAACAACGGUCCAUGUACCGUGCGUUUCUUGCUAGCUCCGAAGUUGAGCAGAUCUUUGAUGGAAACAGAAACUCUCUUUACGGAAUUGAUGUAAUGCGAAAAAUUUGCAACCAUCCUGAUUUACUCGAGAGAGAGCAUAGUAGCCAAAAUCCAGACUAUGGCAAUCUUGAACGGAGUGGAAAGAUGUUAGUAGUUGCGCAAGUUCUUAAGAUGUGGAAAGAGCAGGGUCACCGAGUUCUACUUUUUUCUCAAACUCAACAGAUGCUCAAUAUUCUUGAGAAUUUUAUGAUAUCUAAUAAUUAUACCUACAGGAGGAUGGAUGGUCUCACUCCUGUAAAACAGAGAAUGGACUUGAUAGAUGAAUUUAAUAAUUCAAAUGAUGUUUUCAUCUUCAUUUUGACAACAAAAGUUGGUGGUUUAGGAACAAAUUUAACAGGUGCCAAUAGGGUGGUCAUCUUUGAUCCUGACUGGAACCCUUCAACUGAUAUGCAGGCCCGGGAGCGUGCUUGGCGUAUUGGUCAAACCAGGGAUGUAGUCGUCUAUAGAUUGAUAACCCGUGGAACGAUAGAAGAGAAAGUAUACCAAAGGCAGAUAUACAAACACUUCUUAACGAAUAAAAUCUUGAAGAACCCACAGCAGAAAAGGUUCUUCAAAGCUCGAGAUAUGAAGGAUUUAUUCACUUUGAAUGACGAUGAUCAAGGUGCUGGAUCAACCGAGACAUCCAACAUUUUUAGUCAGUUGCCUGGAGAUGUAAGUAUUGUCCAGGGAAAUAAAAAUAACCAGGAGCAGGAAGAGAAGGAGAAAUUGCUUGAAUCAUCUUUAGAUGAAAGUAAAGAUUCUGAUAUACAUGAAGGAAGAAGACCAGCAAAAAUGAAAGGUAAAGAAAAAACUGAUGAUAAUAACAACCAUGGUGGGGAAGACGAAGAUACCAACAUCCUGCGUUCUCUCUUUGGUGCCAAUGGGAUUCAUAGUGCUGUGAAUCACGACAUGAUUGUAAACGCAAACGACGAAGAGAAGAUGAGAGUGGAGGAACAAGCUUCCCAAGUAGCUCAAAGAGCAGCAGAAGCAUUACGCGAGUCACGAAUGCUUCGUAGUCGAGUCAGCAUAUCCGUCCCCACUUGGACAGGAAAGUCAGGUGCAGCCGGAGCCCCCUCUUCCAUCCAACAACGGAAGUUUGGUUCAUCAGUCAAUUCCCACUUGGUCAAGAACAAACCGGAGGAGGGUUCAUCAACUAAUGGUGUCUCAGCUGGGGCAUUAGCCGGAAAAGCUUUGACUUCUACUGAAUUGCUUUCAAGAAUCCGUAAAAACCAAGAAAAAGCAAUCAGCGAUGGUGUUUCAGCUUCCAGUUCAUCAUCCAGAUCGAUGCAGCCGGAGGUGUUAAUUCGUCAGAUAUGCACGUUUUUACAAAGGAGCGGGGGAAGAGCUAAAUCAUCCGUUAUUGUUGAGCAUUUCAAAGAUAGAGUGCCUCCUGCAGAUCUGACUCUUUUCAAGAAUCUUUUGAAGGAAAUUGCCAUCCUUGAGAAGGAACCAGGUGGAUCUUCAUGGGUUCUUAAGCCUGAUUAUCAUCAACAAUAAUAAUCUUCUAUUCAUUCCCCCUAAAGGUAACGUUUAUACAAUUUUUUGAUCUUCCAGAAUGAAAGAUUAACAUUGGUUUAUAAAUUUUGAGAUUUUGUUGAUCCUCUGUCUUCGUCUUCGCUCGAGGUGGAUUUCGUGUAUAGUAGUAGUAUACUUUCACCUUAUGUAGAACCAUUAUAGUUGUGGUUAACUUAACUGCAAGGAAUCUGAAAUUUUGCAUUUAUUUCCAUCCAAAUAUUGACUAAUUAUAUUGCAUUAGGAAAUUU